CUUGACAUAGAAUAACAAACAAUCUUGUAUCUAUCUCUUUGUUUUUCUCCUUUUAUCUCUCUUCCAAACUCCACAUACACAUACUCAGCAACCUCCGUGGAAAAUCUUGUGGAAUACAUCAUUUCUUUCUCUCCCCAAACAAACGAUGAAGUUACUUGGGUGGAUGCACAGAAAAUUUCGUCAGAAUACCGCCGAACCCUUUAAAGACUUGCUCAUCGGGACUUGUGAUGAUGAACACAACUACCCCAAUCCCAAAGGAAGCUUCGGGAAUUACAAACAUGUCAAACAAAGUCAGAAAGAGCAGACCAUAAGAAAAUCUUUCGCUGCUGUCGAAGACGAUGAGUACGAGGAAGAUUCGGCGGGUGCCAUGUACGAGCUCUUCCACGGGUUCCUGGCAAUUGGAACUCUGGGUUCGGACCAAGUCGUUAGCGAUCCAUCGACGACGCCGACAUUUGCCAUAUCUGUGGAGAACAUAACUGAAAAGGAAGACGAAGUGACUGAGAACGAACUGAAGCUGAUAAACGAUGAGCUGGAGAAAGUUCUGGGAGCGGAUGAUGAGUCGUCGUGUGGGAGAAACAGCCAUGUGAGCAAUGGGAGAAGCAGCCAUGGAAGCAUAAUAACGCUGAGCGGGAAGCCGUUGUUGGAAGGUGGAGAAUCAAAUGGGAAUGGAAGUGCCGUUUGCCCACUUCAGGGAUAUCUGUUUGGAUCGGCAAUUGAGUUGUCAGAAACCACAACCGUGGCUGUGGCAAAGCAGAAGGAGCACAGAACGUCCCUCGGCGAGCUGUUCCAGCGAACCAAGCUGGCGGAGGAGAGCAUUGGAGGAAAUAAUAAGGAUGAUAACAAGAGAGGUGAGAGGGAAGCAGACAAAUCUGCCAUGCAUCUCAUGAAAAAAAAGCUCAAGAAAAGAAUGCUUCACACUUCUUCCCGAAGCUCCUCCUCGGCCACUGCUGCUGCACAACCUGUUGAUUCUGCUUCGGCUGAGAGAAAACUGCAUAAGAUUCUGCAUAUGUUUCACAGAAAAGUUCACCCUGAAAAUUGUACGGGUGCACACAAGUGUGAUAAAUACCAAAAGAACGAGAACAAGAAGAAAACAAUGAACGAGGUGGUGCAUGGAGAGGAAGAUAUACUGAUACACCCGAAAAGAACACUGUCAAAGGAAAACAUCAUGCGACAAUAUUAUAAGAUCCAACCAAAUCCAUUCCACUUUGCUCUUGGCUGUGAAGAUUCAUCUGACAAUAAGGAGCACUGGAUCAAAACAGAUGCCGAUUACUUGGUGUUGGAGCUCUGAAGAGAAAAGGGAAAAAUAAUUGAAGAUCCUGCAGCAGCAAUACAUGAUAUGAUAUUGAAAAGAGUACGUUUGGGAGAAGAAGCAAAUAAGAGAGGUAGUCCCUCUAAUUACCUCUUAGAAGUGUAUAAAAUAUAGUAAUAAUUAUAAUGAUAGACAGUGUCUGUGGUUGAAAUAAAAUUGUGAAUGAUGUAUAAAUGAAGUAUAUAUAAAAGAUAAUGUAUAUGGUGUGGAAUGCAAGGACAAAAGAAACAUUGGAGAUUGAAAGGAGUGGUAGAAGUGUGUGCAGAGUAUCUCAGUUGUUAAUUUCUAUGGAUCUUUAUGUUUGUUUCAAACUUACAACCUUAUGUGUUUGGCUGCCUA